AUGGGGAAGCCAUUUAAGAAAAAGACACUCAAAGGAAGAAAUGGUAGAAAGUCAAAAUCUCCUCCUAAAGUGCCGAUUGUGAUUCAGGACGACAGCCUUCCCGCCGGCCCUCCCCCGCAGAUCCGCAUCUUGAAGAGGCCGACGACCAACGGCGUGCUUAGCAAUCCCAACUCCGCCAGCAGACCGGCCUUCCCCGUGAAAUCCUUGGCGCAGAGGGAGGCGGAGUACGCGGAAGCCAGGAAACGAAUAUUGGGCAGCGCCAGCCCCGAAGAAGAGCAGGAGAAACCCAUCCUCGAUAGGCCGCCGAGGCUCUCCCAGCCGGAAGACACCAGACAGCCCAACAAUGUGAUCAGGCAACCCCUGGGUCCCGAUGGCUCACAAGGCUUCAAACAACGCAGAUAAACGCGGGCGAGAGAUGCUGCUGCGGAAGGCAGGGUCCGCCGCCACGGGUCGCACUGCCGUGACGGACAAACGGACUUGAGCAAAGGGAACUACCUGGUUUAUUUGCACUGUGAUCCCCUUUGCUCUGCCCACUGUGACCUUCAACCCCACGCACUGUGACCUCCCCUCUCCACCCACUGUGACCGGCAAACCGAGAAGGGCUGUCCCCGAGUCGCUGUCAAAGAAAAGGGGACGACGAGGCGGGGAGGGAGUAUAAAGGACUCGGCUGGGUGCAGGGAGUCGUGUGUGUGUGUGCCACUUGGGUUGAAGCUAGCGCCAGCAAUAAUGUUUGUUGUACUCGUAACCUGGGAUUUACGGAAAAAAGAAA